GUGAUGAUGCAGGAGGAGAUGGAGGAGGCGGGGCCUCCGGGCGACCGCCGCUGGUGGUGUUGCAGAUGAGGAGGAGGCGGCUGCGGUGUUGGAAGAGGAGGAGGCGGCGGCGGUGGUGGUGUAGGGAACUGGAACGCGAGCGGAGAUGGUGCCCUUGGUUAGGGUCAGAGUUCCUGCUAAUGCCGCAGACCCCCAGCAUGUGCUGACCUGGUGAUGGCCAUAGUCACCAUACUUAGUGAUUAGAUAUCACUCAAGAAAGUGACUUCUAAGAGUGAAGUGGUUUGUUUUCAUCGAUGGAAUGUUGAGGCACGCUGGCCAGCAUCAGAGAGGCUGUCCAUUCAGAAGGGGGCCGCUGUAAAGGCUGGGCCACCUGCACCAUGGGCCAGUGUGUCACCAAAUGCAAGAAUCCGUCAUCUACACUAGGCAGCAAAAACGGAGAUCGGGAUCCCAGUGGCAAAUCCCACAGUAAGCGCAGUGGGAGCCACCGAGAUGACCACACACCAACUUGUGGGAAGCCUGGUGGAGACAUCCUUGUCAAUGGGACCAAGAAGGCAGAGGCAGCCUCAGAGUCAUGUCAAUUUCCAACAUCAUCUGGAGAUGCCAGGAGGGAUCCUGAGUCCAACACUGAGGAGUCAUCCCUACAGAGGAUGGAAGAACUAUUUAGACGUUAUAAGGAUGAGCGGGAAGAGGCGAUUUUGGAGGAAGGCAUGGAACGGUUCUGUAAUGAUCUGUGUGUUGAUCCCACAGAAUUUAAAGUACUGGUCUUGGCUUGGAAAUUCCAGGCUGCUACUAUGUGCAAGUUCACAAGGAAGGAGUUUUUUGAGGGCUGUAAAGCCAUAAGCGCAGACAGCAUUGAUGGGAUUUGUGCUCGCUUCCCCAGUCUCUUAAAUGAAGCCAAGCAAGAGGAUAAGUUCAAGGAUCUCUACCGCUUUACAUUUCAGUUUGGCCUGGACUCUGAAGAAGGGCAGAGGUCACUGCAUCGGGAAAUAGCCAUUGCCCUUUGGAAGCUUGUCUUUACCCAAAACAACCCCCCUGUAUUGGACCAGUGGUUACACUUCCUAACAGAGAAUCCCUCAGGAGUCAAGGGAAUCUCCCGGGACACAUGGAACAUGUUCCUAAACUUUACUCAGGUGAUCGGACCCGACCUCAGUAACUACAGUGAAGAUGAGGCCUGGCCUAGUCUCUUUGAUACCUUUGUGGAGUGGGAGAUGGAGCGAAGGAAAAAGGGAGAGGAAUCAAAAUGUCUGACGACUUCAGACACAGAGAGCCUGUGUCAUGAGGAGCAGACUUACCAGUAUGUGUAAGCAGCUGUGACAGAACCAUCCUUCAGCCAGUGGAGAACUUGGAACUUUCUGGAAAUUACUGAGGAUCCAGAUAUUUUCUACUUUACACCUUUCUCUGCCUUGUAUUUGAAAGGGCUCUAAAAUGCUGUAUCAUGUUUUAGGCACUUUCUUCAUUUUUUGGUUAUUCUUUUUAAACAUUUUUUUUUUGGUCCUGAAAUAUUUGACCCUGGCUACAUGUUGUGUAAUUUUUUUUAAAGCCUUCAGAUAGAAUGAGUCUGCCAUUUCUUGCACAAUUUAGAUUUUUUUGGGGGGUGGGGAGGGUUAGGUUGAAUUAACAUUACAAAAUGAUACAGUGCCAGAUCUCAGUUUUGCAUACGACAUUUUUCAGGGCAGGUCUGUACUGUGUGUAGUGCUGUUUACAUGGUUGAAUUUAGGUUGUAAUAAUUAUUUUACAAGAUUUACACAGAGUUGAAUAGCAGUGUUAACUGUUAACCACUUUGCGUUAAUUCCCAGACAAUUUGAAGCUCUAAAAACAAAGGAAAACAAUUUGCCGUCUGGUGAAAUCCUAUUUUAAGCUAAUUCAUUAGAAACCCUAAUUUUUUCUUCCUGUUCUUUCCUUCCUUCACCCAUCGCAUUACAUAGUUUAUUCAUCGACAUGCUGUGCCUGUCAUUCAAGUGAGCGGUUUCUAAUACAUUGUACUGAAAACCACUUAAGCGUCAGAUGCAGAGAAAGCAGUGCUACCUCAGUUUUGCUGGAAGUAGACCUCUUUGAUAGUUUUCUGUGUUUGAUGAAGUUGCUGUAUUUUCAUGUUCUAAGUGGAAAUACUUUUUUUUUAUUUGACUCGGAGCCAAAGGUUCUGUUCCCCAUGGUUGGCAAACUCCGUGCCCACUGGCCAGCUAACUUGAAGGAAAACUGUGGUAUGGAGCUCUGCUUGAAUUUUUGUUUUGAUCUCUCAAGUAACAUCAGCUUACUUGUCUGGCAAGUGCAGGAAGCCCGGGUUGGCCUCAGUGCUGCCAAACAAAUGUUUGAAAGUGUGUUUAAUGGUUAAACUCUUAUGCCCUCUCCCUUCUUGCUGCAGCAAUGUUGUCACCUGACCCAGUGAGUUAUUUAUUAUCUUUUUUUUUAAUGUUGGGCUCAUUUGGGGUGACGUGAUGACUGUUGAGGUUUACAUAAAUUUCCCUCCCUCUCCUCUGAGAUUUCUUAGGUUCAUUGCUUGUUUAAACUGGUUUGUAAAAGGGGAAGCAGCCUGUAGGGUGCAGAGUGUGUGGGGGGAGGUGGGAGUGUGGAAUGAAGGAGGCUUUUUAAAGGCUGUUGAUGGAGCCUUUGAAUUCUGGAAUCAGAAUCUGGACCAUUUUCAUAAAAGAUGGGAUGGAUUCUUGUAGCUUUUUCCUUGCCCAGAACAUAGUACUGGUGGAUCUUUAUGAUAUAUUGGGGUAAACCUUAGGGUAACUAAUCUCCCAGACAGGGCCAUGAGGAACUGGUUUCUUGUCCAAACCAAAUCCCAGUGGAGGGAUCAUCUCUUAUAUUUUGGUUUUAAUAAAUUAGUUUGGUAAGGAACAGAGGAUGGCACUGGGGGGCUUAACAGUGUACAGAUCUGCAUCCGAUGCUUUUGAACUUACUCAAAAGAGAAUCUGUCAAGUGAAAACUUUUUUAUGCCCUUUUAUAGUAAAAUUUGUUUCUUAAUAUUUAAGCUCAUUUUCUGCCCAUGUGCUGCACAUCCUUUGGCUUGGGCAUGUUCUGUUCAUUUCUAGCUCUCACCCCCCUUUACUAGAGAGCUUGAAUUUAAAUCCUUGCAGGAAUGAUGUUUUGUGGAGUUUCUGCAGUGAAUGUUUUUCUAUUGAACUUAAACCCAUUUUGUAUUGUAACUUUUUAAAGCCCUGAACUUGACAAAUUUCCCUUUUAAAAAAAAAAAAGAGAGGAAAAAAAAAUCUCCAUUUUAAAACUACCACAAAGUGAAUAGGUGAUUUUGGAAGCCUACGGUAAGACGGAAGGAAAUUUGGCUGAUUUCUCUGGACUAGCCACAGCUGAGCCUUGUGGCUGCUUAGCUGAGGCCAGUUUCACUGAAGGCUUUCGGUUGCCCCAGCAGGUUUGGUAGGUUUAAUUGCAGUUUUAAGACUGAAAAAGUACUCCCUUUGCCUGAAAAUGCUAGAGUGAAGACCAGAGGACUCUUCCCAUUUCAGUGUGUUUUACAGUCCCCAGUUCUUGAAGCGCAGUCCCAGGCAUUGUUCAGGCAGGCAGAUGUGGUUGCUUCUAGGGGGAGCAGAGCUCAUCACGUCCCACAGACAGCAGUCCAGUUGAAGGAGGGGAUAAGGGAAGCCAUAAGAAUCCUCUAGACCUUAGAGGGAUUGGAUUCCUUUCCUAGCCUAAGAAGGCGGCAUUCCGUAUAGAUGUACGGGUUUGUUUAUGGGUUUGGUUUUUGUUUAUUUUAAAUAAAAAAAAUUUUUCAGAGGAGCCAUUUUUUUAAAAAAAUAUUUUUAAUGAACCAUUCGUUAUAAAAAAAUGUAACACAAAAGCAGUUCAGAUUGCAAAUGAGCCAGAAAAUGGAAUGUUAAGUCAAGUAUGUGCUGUUCCUACCUCCCCACUUUGUGUCCCUGUUGUACAGCAAGGAGUUAAGAUGUGUCUGUAUUAGCUCUGGAUUGAUUGUGGUCAUGAAUAAAGUUAAGCAUAGGCUGUUCUGUUAAGAUCCCUUCCUCCUGGAGGUGUGGGUUUGUUGUUUCUGCUUCUUGGAAAUGAAAAGUUCAUUACUAUUAACUCUAACAUGAAAUUGAGCUUGUAUAAUGGCUGAGUUGUUUCUAUAGAGUAAGUGAAAAAUAGAGUCUGUAUAUGCACAGCAUUGGGAUACUGCAAACACUGAGACACCUACAUCCAGAAGUUGAUGUAAGACCAUGGUAUUUUGGAAACCAUUAGGAACUUUUGAGUGUGGCUAACUACAACGAAUUAGUAUACAUUGGGAAACUUGCUUUUAGCAAAUUGCUCCUAUCCGUGAGCUAGUGUUUCCUUAGUUUACUAGGACGCUAGUAUGAGAGGAAGCUUUAGCAUUGGUUACUCUCUCUCUUUUGUCCCUAAGAAGUGGGACACAAUCAGAAUACAUUGCCACCUGGGUAGUAAGAUACUACUCAUUUUAGGCCAAGCAGUCUGGCUUUCCUGCCUUUUUUGUGAUUGUUGUACCCAUGUGUGUGAGUUGAGACCAGGAAUCCACACCUGCUAAUUCUGAUAAAGGAACAUGUUUUAGCCAUUAGUGAUUGGAAGGCGAUAUGCUUGUGUUAGAAACAAAUUGGAAUUCAGUGGAAAUAGAAAUGUGCAACAUCCCUUGACCCAGAAAAAUCUCAUUGAGAUGUGCAGUCUUUUCAGUGUUAUGCUUAGGAGGACAUUCUAACCUCCUUUAAAAAGGAAGAGUACAACUGCAGUAUUAGGCUAUCUCUGAAAUGUUGCUGACCUCCCAGGUGGUGGUGGUGCCAAAAUUUGUUCCUGGGUACAGGGUGCUAGUAGGAGUGAGGCCUGGUUGAUUUGUUUUCACAGCCUUAUGCUGUAUAUCCAGUUUUCCUGGAAAAACAGCUGACUCUGAAGUUGAAAAGUUUGUAGUGCAUUUUAGUUAUAGCAAAAAAUGUCUACUGGGAGUGGUGACCAACCCUGAAAGCUUUUUGCUCGAAAACAGAAUAGAUCCUGUACCAUGGAGAAGAGCGAUGUCAUUGAUUUGUCAUAUUUAAAACUUGCGUUAUAGAUCGAUGGCAUCAUUGGUGGGUAGAGGAAUAAAGGACAACACAAAGGGAGACCCAAAUGUAAGAAAAGGGCUGGGAGCUGAUUUCUGAUCCAUUAUCUGUUUUGCUGUUUGUUCUAUUUUUUUUUUAAUAACUGGCAGUAGUGUUUUGAAUUAGACUCUCAGUAACUGACAUAGGCCUUUCCUUAGGGGAGUUUCAGCAGUGUCUUGACUGGGAAGAAGGCUGAGAUUAGACUGCUGAAAUCUGUUCAUCUGAAUCCAUCAGAUCCCAAUAGAGGAUUACUCAUUUUAGCUUUCCCACAAUUUAUCUCCCUUGUUAUGCUGUAAUUGGAGCAUUCAGUCGAUGGUUCUCAAGUUGGCCCGGCCUCCAGGGCUGCCUUUCUUUGAGUAAUGGCAGCUUUUGUCUUGAGUGUGUUUGGAACAAAACCUGAUGUUGGAGCACCAGUUGAUGCAGAAAGGUAUGACCACAAUUGAGGUAACCCUUGGGUCCUCUUUCUGAUCCAGAUGCUGGAUGAUGAUGGUCUUUUUCCAGGCCUUCCUCCGUUCCUCUGAAGCCCACCCUACAUUCCAUAGAUGAUAUUCUUGCCCCCUCAUUUGCCCUCUCCCUGAAGAAAAGAUAAAACUCACAAAUCUUGGAAAUUUCCAAAGGAAUACUACUACGCAAUUGCUGCGGUUCAUUCCUGAUAAAUACAUGAUUUUUUUUUUUUUUGAGAAAUUCCUUCCCAAAGCCAUUGCCAUCUUACCCACCCCUGCCCUGCCCCACAAAUCCCUUGGGUCUAUAUGGUCACUCACUUCUUAACCUGUUGCACUAAUGGGCACAGUUUUGUUUCAAAGGGAAAUUUGAAGCAAUAGGCAACAGGGCUUGGACAGAUUAGUCCUGCAAACAACUUGCCUUAAUCUGUUGGGUUAAUUAGUUUAUCACUAAUGUUAUAAAUCCUCCACCUUUGUGUAUUUUUAAUGGUUUUUUGAUAAGUAUAUCCUUUACUUCAAGGUUGUACAAACUGUUGAAAAGCUACCUUUUGUGUUUUCUGCAUCGUUGCACUCUUCAAAUGGCCCCUUUUUAAUAUGUUUGUUACCUUGUUACACAUUUUGUCUUUGGUGUCUACACUAUUUCUCCCCUUAAAUGUAUUUUAUUUGAAGGUUACCUGCUGUUGAAUUUAAUAAAUUUGUUUACUUGAUUAUUGCCAUUAAUGCAGAA